AUGACCCAAGAAGAAAUCAAGAUGUCACUACCAGAUGGUUAUUCAUUUCGAAAAUUGAAGUCAACUGAUUAUUCUAACAAUUAUAUUGAGACAUUGAAAGUGCUAACAACAGUGGGGGAAAUCAAUCAAGAACAAUUUGACAACUUGUUUGCCACUUGGUCUAAAAAUCCAGAAAUUUAUCAACCACAUGUCAUUGUCAAUUCAACAGGAACAAUUGUCGCUACGGGGAUGCUACUUGUAGAAUCAAAACUUAUACACGAAUGUGGUAAAGUGGGUCAUAUUGAGGACAUAUCUGUUGCCACUAGUGAACAAGGAAAGAAGCUAGGUAACUAUCUUGUUAGAUCAUUGAGUUUACUAGCUCAAAAGAAUGGUUGUUAUAAAGUCAUCUUGGAUUGUUCGCCUCAUAAUGUGGGCUUUUAUGAAAAAUGUGGAUACAAGAAUGAUGGAAUAGAAAUGGUACAGCGGUUUUAA